AUGUUGUUCAGCGUCUGGUCACUCCUCCUGGCUUCUGCCGCUGCCGUGCCCGCCAUCACCCAAGCAGGACCGUCCAGCGACUGCUUGACAGUUCAGAUCAGUCUGGACCAUACUCCAGAACCGACAGACAGCCGUUGCGAGCAGCUUUGCAACGAGCGCGAAGUGUUCUGUGAGGCAGGCUGCACGACCGAGGAGUGCAAGAAGGUGUGUAUCUAUGAGGACGACCUCUGCAAGAUGAAGUGCAAGUGGACGCCACCGUCUCCGCCAAAGGACGAGAAAGGAAACGAGUAUUGCGUGCCGACGUGCCUCGAGGGACACUACUUGUGUAUCAACGCGGAGAAACUUCCUCGUAUCGAGUGGUAUGUCAACGUCCAUGGCCUGUGCGGCGAAUCGAGUCCUGAGGCUGAUAUCAAAAAUAGCGACUUCGAGUACUGGGUAUGCAGAGCAAAGUGCAAGGUUGAAGACGAUUGA